AUGAAAGCCGUGGUGCUGACCGUGGCUGUGCUCUUCCUAACGGGGAGUCAGGCUAGGCAUUUCUGGCAGCAAGAUGACCCUCAGUCCCCAUGGGAUCGAGUGAAGGAUUUCGCUACCCUGUAUGUGGAUGCAGUCAAAGACACCGGCAGAGAUUAUGUGAGCCAGUUUGAAUCCUCCGCCUUGGGAAAACAGCUAAACCUGAAACUCCUGGACAACUGGGACACCUUGGGCUCCUCUAUCAGCAAGCUGCGUGAACAGCUCGGCCCGGUGACCCAGGAGUUCUGGGAUAACCUGGAGAAGGACACAGAGUGGCUGAGGCAGGAAAUGAACAAGGACCUGGAGGAGGUGAAGCAAAAGGUGCAGCCCUACCUAGAAGAGUUUCAGAAGAAGUGGCAAGAGGAGGUGGAGCGCUACCGCCAGAAGGUGGAGCCGCUGAGCACGGAGCUGCGCGAGGGCGCGCGCCAGAAGCUGCAGGAGCUGCAAGAGAAGCUGACCCCGCUGGGCGAGGAACUUCGCGACCAUGCGCGCACCCACGUGGACGUGCUGCGCACGCAGCUGGCGCCCUACAGUGACAAGAUGCGCGAGCGCCUGGCUGAGCGCCUCACUGCGCUCAAGGACAGCGCCAGCUUCGCCGAGUACCACGCCAAGGCCAGCGAGCACCUGAAGACGCUCCGCGAGAAGGCCAAGCCCGCGAUCGAAGACCUGGGCCAGGGUCUGCUGCCCGUGCUAGAGAACCUGAAAGCCAGCUUCCUGAGCGCCAUCGAUGACGCCGCCAAGAAGCUGAGCAGCCAGUGAGGCGCCCGCCACUGC